AUGGCAGGCGCCUUUGGCUUCAAAGGCUGCCAGAAAAUCCGCGGUCCUCAGAUACGACAUCUGCUGGAGGCGAAGGACUUCUUUCUGUUUGACUGUGACGGGGUGAUCUGGCACGGGGAGAAGGCCAUCACGGGGGCGGCCCAGGUGGUCAACUCUCUCAUACGGAGCGGGAAACGUGUGGUCUUCGUCACUAACAACUGCACCAGGCCGCGGCAGAAUUACAUGCUCAAGUUCUCUCGCCUGGGCUUCCAUGAGGUGAUGCUGGAGCAGAUCUUCAGCUCGUCCUACUGCUCCGCGCUCUAUCUGCGGGACGUGGCGAAGGUCCCGGGGCAGGUGUUCGUGAUCGGCUGCGAGGGGCUGAGGAGGGAGCUGCAGGAGGCGGGGAUCCCCUGUGUGGAGGAGGCGGACGAGCCCGAGGCCACCAUCUACAACUGCACCCUGGUCCCGGACGUGAAGGCGGUGCUGGUGGGGCAUGAUGAUCAAAUGACUUUUCUCAAACUGGCCAAAGCCUCCUGCUACCUGAGGGACCCCGACUGCCUGUUCCUGGCCACUGACAACGACCCCUGGCAUCCCCUCAGUGGUGGAAGGAUACUGCCAGGCUCUGGGUCCCUCAUCGCAGCCAUUGAGGUGGCUUCAGGUCGUAAAGCCACAGUGAUCGGCAAACCCAGUCGUUUUAUGUUCGAGUGCAUCUCCAGCCAGUUCAGCGGCUUGGACCCGGCGCAGUGCCUGAUGGUGGGCGACCGCCUCGAAACGGACAUGCUGUUUGGGUCCAACUGCGGCCUGGACACCAUGCUCACGCUCACGGGGAUCUCGCAGAUGGAAGAGGCCCACGAGUACAGCAGAAGUGAGCUGUCCACAAACCACGGCCUGGUUCCCGACUACGUGGUGGACACUAUUGCCGAUUUCUUACCUGCAUUUGAAGAUGUGGAAGAGGAGGAGAGCAACUGA